AUGGUAUCUCUCUCCGUUUUAUUCAGCGUUACCCUCAUCAUGGCUGUCACAGCGUUCACACAACUUGACAACCCAAUUAUUCCACGCCAGGACUCAGAGUCCUUAGACAGCACAUCCACGUCUUCCAGGACAAGAAAGACCACGCGUACAACAUCGCCUUAUCCUACAGCAAUAUCAACGUCAACCACGAGGACUACAUUGCUACCGUACACGUUCACAUCAACGUUUCCUAGCUCUACUGCAGCCUCUACGGGCUCGUCCGCUUUGGCAACGCCUACGAGCGGAGGGUCAAAAGUGAGUUUUGAUGGAAUCAUGCUUGGCUGUGUGGUUGUAGGAGGCCUGGUUUUGGCGGCAUGA